AAACAAAACAAGCAAACAAAUAGAAGAAUUGAGUUUUUGAAGAAAAAAACAACGUUGAAAAAAAAUUAUCUUGAAAAUAUGGAUGAAAUAAUAAGAGUUCAUCAAUGUUUGUUUUGUCCGCAAACAUUUGGAAGCGCCAGCGAAAAAGAUGAUCACAUUCUACAGCAUUUUGCCCAAGAAACAUGCAUCGAAUGCGACCAAAAUUUGAUUCGUAUCGGUAAUAAUUUGUACACUAAGCACAAUGCAGUAACGUGUAUCAAAGUGAACAUCAAAACAGAAGACCCAAUUUACCAAGAGGACCAACAUGAAACCAUCGACGAAAAAAUAGAUGAACAUGGUUUUACAGCGGUCACAUCUUUGGAUUCAAUGUUAGCCGUCGAAAUAAAACCCGAUUUAAUUGCUUUGAAUGAACAACUUAUGCUUGCCAAUGAGAAUAGUUUGGUAGAGAAUUGCGAAUAUGAACUCGACUCAACUGAUGCAUCUGAAGCCGCAUCUGAAGCGACAAGUAACAAUGAUAAUAAAUGCAAUGAAUGUAAUAUAUGCGGCAAAAUGCUUUCAUCCAAAGACGGCUUGAAAAAACACAUAUCAAUCACACACAGCGCUCCUGGCCAUUUUCCGUGUGAAAUAUGUCCGAAUUUGGUUUUCACGCGAAAGGAUUCAUUGCGAAAGCACAAUCAAAUGAAACAUGAUCCAAAUACCGUUAAAUUCAAGUGUAAUUUUUGCCAGAAUGUAUUUUUGCAUGAAUUAUCACUAGAGAAACAUCUUCCGAAAUGUAAAAAACGUAUUAAGAAGACAAGAUUCGCUCUAAAUCAAGAAUAUACGCUUGAAAAUCAAUUGUACGGAGCCAGCGUUUUUCCUACUGAACAAAUGUCUCAUUCAAAUCAAUUAGCAGAGCCAACGGGUGAAUCGACAAGUCAGGAUGAUAGUGAUUUAUGCAAGUGUAAUAUAUGCGGCAAAAUACUUUCAAACAUCAGAUCGCUAAAAGUACACGAAACGCUUACGCAUAGUGCCCCCGGCCAUUUUCCAUGUGAAAUAUGUCCAAAUAUGAUAUUCACGCGAAAGGACUCAUUGCGAAAGCAUAUGCAAAUGAAACAUGAUCCGAAUUGUGUCAAAUACAAGUGUAACUUUUGCUCUUCGGUGUUUUUGAAAGAAAUAUCUCUCGAAUCGCAUCUUUUUAAAUGUAAUAAAAGAAUGAAGCGUAUGGAAGGUGAGUUAUCUACCGUAAUUUCUGAAGAUAUGUGCACUGUUCAAAUUAAGGAGGAAGACACCGGCGAUUAUUCAGAGAAUACAAUCUGCACGCCGAGCAUAGAAAUUGGAUCAAUAACACAAAACGAACAUUCUAGUGUGACGAAUCCAAAUGGCAACGACAACGAAUGUGACAUAUGCCUUAAAACAUUUUUCGACAAAAACGGAGUUCAACAACAUAAAAAUCGCGUGCACAGUGUUUGUGCUUGUACGAAAAUUUUUGCCACAGCUGAAGCCCUUGCCGAACAUAAGGCCAUAUGUGAGUUCAAAAAGAGAUCCAGAGUUCCAUUGAUAUAUUUAGGCAAAACUUUUGAAUGUCAUUUGUGUCAUAGAGUUAUUAAAGACAUAGUCUCCCUUCGCAAACACAUGCUGCGAAAACAUUUUCCAUGUGAAAAGAAACACAACUGCGAAAAGUGUGGAAAACGUUUCUUACAUCUAUAUGAACUUCGCAAUCACAAUGAGUCGGUUCACUUAAAAAUUCGAAAAUAUUUGUGCACAUCAUGUGGAAAAUCCUUUUUGUGCGACCAGGCACUACGGAUACAUAUGAAUAAACAUACAGGAGAAACUCCAUAUAAAUGUCCACUUUGUGAGAAAGCAUUUUCUAAUCCAACAGUACGAAAUAUGCAUAUACGGACUCAUACGGAAGAAAGAAAUUUUAAAUGCCCAUAUGAAGGAUGCGACAAACGAUUUAAGACUCCAGCCAAUGUUUAUAAGCAUAAGAAAAAAAUGCAUGGCUAUAAGAAAAAGGAACAAUCUAAAGACACAUGAAAAUUUCACUUUUUUAGUUCAUAAUUUAUAGUAGUAGUACAUUGAUGAAAAUAAAUAAGAAUAAAUUAUUUGCAAAUUUAAA